AUGAAGUACGGCGAAUACUUCGAGGCCGCUUCGGUCCCUCGAUGGAGUCUACACAAUGUCGACUACAACUCUCUGAAGCAACAGAUCAAACUGCACACCAAGAAGGGCCAAGGUGCCCGCGCCAUUGCCAUCCCCGGACAGACGGACGCCCAGCUCAAGCGCUUCGAGAACGACUUCUACCAUGAGCUACACUUGCAACAUGACCGUGUCGACCUGUUCGUCGCCAGCAAGGCCGAUGAGAUAUCGAGGCGGUUGAGGCACCUCGCAGGUCUGAUCAAUGCCCUCAUCAUCCGCUGCCACGUCGGCAAGAGCGGCAUCACAGACAAGAGGCAACGGAAAUUUGGCCGAUAUCAACGUCAGGUGGUGGAGUGCGGCGAUGACAUCAGGGACUUGCAACGCUUCGUGCGUGCACAGAACGAGGCAUUCAGAAAGAUACUUAAGAAAUACAAAAAAUGGACUAAAUCCACGACUCUAACAACCAGGUUUACCGACAACGUUCUUGGCAACUACAAGAGCUUUACCAAGCGCGACUUCGCCCCACUCGAAAUACAAUACAGAGAGGUCCUAGGGACUCUGCAGGCCGCCUCUCCUGACAGUCCUCCAUCCAUCUCACAGACGAGUCCCGACGCCCGUAAUCCCCGCGCCUCUCAAACGAGCAGUCGACAGUCGUCGCGGCCCCCCGCGACACCCGUACUGCAGCUGCCAGAGCCAGCCGUGAGGGGCUGGAAUGAGUACGACAAUGGAAGCGAGGCUGGCGACGAAGCGGCUUUCUACCUUGAAGUUGACCCCAACGACGAAUCGAGCUUGUUUCCUGGUAUGGAUAAAGUCAAGAACGUGUUCAAGGCCCCCGUGCGGUCUAUCCGCGGACUGUUCUUCCGCUCUGCGGACAAAGAUGGCGAGCGCCAAUCCCUAUUGAAUGGUGACCAAGGCGGCAUUGACUACUUCAGUGUCCGCCACGGCCCGUCAACGGCUGCUACGGAUACAGAAGCGAGCGACAACGAUGAUGCUUCCUCGACGGAAUAUCCUGCAUAUGGCUACGCAGCACACUAUGCGGCCUUGCCCAGUCUGGAGGAGCAGAGGAUGGAGAGGUUCAGGGAAAAGAUCCUGCAUCGGAGCAUUGUGCUGUCGUACUUCGUUGCCGUCAUUCUCACCUUUAUAGCCGGCGUUUUGGUCGCUACUGGCAGACACAAACUGCGUCUCGAGGUCGAUGCAGGUGUCAUCCUGGCUGUUGUUGUAAGCCUGUUCGCUGGCAUAAUGGGUCUUGGCGCUAUGCUCUACCGCGAGGACCGACUUGGGAUUAUGUACAAGGCUGCCGUCUGGGUCACCUUCACUGCCAUAUGUUUGUUGAACGGCAUGUUGCUGGUGCUGGUCGUUGGCAGCAACGGGAUCUGA